CGAGGGGGCACGUCACUUCCUGUUUCUUUAGGGGAACGUGGCUUUCCCCGCAGCGCCCGUCCCUCCGUGUGCGUUCCUGCUGCAGCGGCCGGAGCUGGAGUGAGAGCCCGAGCGCAGCCUCGCCAUGGACUCGGCCCUCAGCGACCCGCACAACGGCAGCGCCGAGUCAGGCGGCCCGGCCAACGGCACGGCGCGGCCGCCCUCCACGCCCGAGGGCAUCGCGCUGGCCUACGGCAGCCUCCUGCUCAUGGCGCUGCUGCCCAUCUUCUUCGGCGCCCUGCGCUCGGUGCGCUGUGCCCGCGGCAAGAAUGCCUCGGACAUGCCUGAAACCAUCACCAGCCGGGAUGCUGCCCGCUUCCCCAUCAUCGCUAGCUGCACACUCUUGGGGCUCUACCUCUUUUUCAAAGUUUAUUUUCCCAAUAAAAGUUACACAGGCUCAGUGUUGCAAACCUGGAAUACACAGAAAAGUAAAAAGGGGGAAACAGCAAUCAUCCAAAACCCCACUUCCAGAGACAGUCACAGUUUCCCUUUGGAGAUAUUCUCCCAGGAGUACAUCAACCUCUUGCUGUCCAUGUAUUUCUUCGUGCUGGGAAUCCUGGCGUUGUCCCACACCAUCAGCCCCUUCAUGAAUAAGUUUUUUCCAGCCAGCUUCCCAAAUCGACAGUUUCAGCUGCUCUUCACACAGGGCUCUGGGGAAAACAAGGAAGAGAUCGUCAACUAUGAGUUUGACACUAAGGACCUGGUGUGCCUGGGCCUGAGCAGCAUCGUUGGCGUCUGGUACCUGCUGCGGAAGCACUGGAUUGCCAACAAUCUUUUUGGCCUGGCCUUCUCCCUUAAUGGGGUGGAACUUCUGCACCUGAACAAUGUCAGCACCGGUUGCAUCCUGCUGGGUGGACUCUUCAUCUACGACGUCUUCUGGGUGUUCGGUACCAAUGUUAUGGUGACUGUGGCCAAGUCAUUUGAGGCGCCAAUAAAAUUGGUGUUUCCCCAGGACCUGCUGGAGAAGGGCCUUGAAGCAGACAACUUUGCUAUGCUGGGACUCGGAGAUAUCGUCAUUCCAGGAAUCUUCAUUGCCUUGCUGCUGCGUUUUGACAUCAGCUUGAAGAAGAACACCCAUACCUACUUCUACACCAGCUUCGCAGCCUACAUCUUCGGCCUGGGCCUCACCAUCUUCAUCAUGCACAUCUUCAAGCACGCCCAGCCUGCUCUCCUGUACCUGGUACCUGCCUGCAUUGGCUUUCCCGUCCUGGUGGCGCUGGUCAAAGGAGAAGUGACAGAAAUGUUCAGCUACGAGUCCUCUGCGGAAAUCCUGCCUCAUACCCCGAGGCUCACCCACUUCCCCACGGUCUCGGGCUCCCCUGCCAGCCUGGCCGACUCCAUGCAGCAGAAGCUAGCUGGCUCUCGUCGCCGGCGCCAGCAGAAUCCCAGCGCCAUGUAAUGCCCAGCGGGUGCCCACCUGCCCGCUCCCCCCACUGCCCCGGGCCCAAGUUAUGAGGAGUCAAAUCCUAAGGAUCCAGCAGCAGUGACAGAAUCCAAAGAGGCCACAGAGGCAUCAGCAUCGAAGGGACUAGAGAAGAAGGAGAAAUGAUGCAACUGGUACCCGACCCCCUCAGGGCCAGACCAGCCAGGGAGAUGGGCUGACAGGCGUGCAUGGGAGAGGGUUCAGGACACUGCUCCAGGACUGGGACGGGGGCAGCAGGAUCCCUCCAGCUAGGUCUCUGUGGCCUCUGUUUUCCUCUCCCCCCUUCUGUGGCCCUCCUCUGCUCUCCUCAUCCCCUGCAGGCAAAGGAAACCAACCCCCAGCUUCCUCCCUCCCCCGGAACCAGGUGGGAAAACUGGGUGUGAUUUUUAGAUUUUUGUAUUGUGGACUGACUUUGCCUUACAUUAAAAACUCAUCCCAUGGC